AUAUGGUGUGAUUAUACUCCGUGCGAGUGCAGGGUGGCAACCGACCACAAUAUUGACAACACUACUUACCUACUGCGAGACUGGCUCAUCAAUGUACAGAAACUCUACCAUUAUGUGGAGUGGAGGCCAAAGGAGGAACCAAGAAAAUAUCAUGAUGAGGAAGGACCAAAGGAUUGGACGAAUGAGCGCUACGCCUACGUCAUGAAACUGCGGCAGGCAGCACUUGAGUCUGCACGAGAGAUGUGGGCAGACUAUCUCAUGAUGAUUGAUUGUGAUAAUCUCCUGAUCAACCGAGAUGUCUUAUGGAAACUAAUAAAGGAGAACAAGACGGUUGUGGCACCAAUGAUGGAGUCUCGUGCUGCCUACUCAAACUUCUGGUGUGGAAUGACAUCCCAGGGCUACUAUAAACGAACCCCUGCCUACAUCCCCAUGCGCAAGCAAGUGCGUAGGGGUUGCUUUGCUGUUCCCAUGGUGUACUCGACUUUCCUGGUUGACCUGCGGAAAGAAGCUUCCAGACUGCUUGCUUUUCACCCACCACAUCCAGACUACACCUGGGCCUUUGACGACAUUAUAGUCUUUGCUUUUUCAGCCCGCAUGGCAGAGGUACAAAUGUUUAUUUGUAACAAGGAGACUUAUGGGCAUCUGCCAGUGCCUCUUCGUGCCCACAGCACCAUGCAGGAUGAAGCUGACAGCUUUAUUCAUACUUUGCUGGAGGUCAAUGUGCGAAAUCCUCCAGUUGAGCCCUCCAGAUACUUGCCCAAACCUGUCAAAAGACCUGACAAAAUGGACUUUGAUGAGGUAUUUAUGAUCAACCUGAAAAGGCGGGCCGACCGUCGUGAGUGCAUGCUGAGGGCGCUGAGAGAGCAAGAAAUCGACUGCAAGAUUAUAGCAGCUGUUGAUGGCAAAGCUAUGAACGUCAGUGAGAUCCAUGCUAUGGGAGUCCAAAUGCUUCCCGGCUACAGUGACCCCUACCAUGGCAGACCUCUGACGAGAGGCGAGAUGGGCUGCUUCCUGUCCCACUAUAACAUCUGGAAAGAGAUAGUAGACAGAGGCCUGAAGACCUCGCUGCUGCUUGAAGAUGAUUUGCGGUUUGAGAUUUUCUUCAAGCGCCGCCUACAGAAUCUGAUGCGUGAGGUGGAGAGUAAGGGUCUGGACUGGGACCUCAUUUAUAUUGGGAGGAAGAGGAUGCAAGUGGACCGACCUGAGAAGGCAGUACCAAACAUUCGCAACCUGGUGGAGGCGGACUAUUCCUAUUGGACCUUGGGCUACAUGAUGUCAUUACAAGGAGCCAAAAAGCUCCUCAAAGCAGAACCACUCAGUAAAAUGUUGCCUGUGGACGAGUUCCUUCCUAUUAUGUUUAAUAAGCAUCCUGUAUCGGAUUACAUGGAUCAGUUUGAGACGAGGGACCUGAAAGCAUUUUCAGCGGAGCCCUUGCUUGUGUUUCCUACACACUACACUGGUGAACCUGGGUAUAUCAGUGACACAGAAACCUCCACAGUCUGGGACAAUGAGACAGUGCGCACAGACUGGGACAGGAAGCACUCGGGUAAAACCCGGGAACAGGCUGAGAUCAGCACAGAGGCCCAAAACUCCGAUGUACUCCAGUCUCCUCUGGACAGAACAGCUCGAGACGAACUAUGAGAGACGUUGUUUUGGACACACCACUAGACUUGCUUCUGGGGGCAAAGUCUAGUUCCACCUUAUAAGCACAAUAUAUCUAACCAGAAGAGGCCUUUUUAGAGAUUUUUUUUUUUUUUUUUUUUAAUCGGUUGUUUGCCUGAAGAAAAAAUGUGUUUGAGUUUAAACAUCUGUCUCUUUAUUUGUAGAUUUGUUACAGAGGCCUGACUGCGCUUUCUGAUGACAACAGCAUCUGUUCUUCACUGUAUCCUGCGAUUUUUAAAAAUGCCAGGAGCCGGGUUCCUGAAGAUCUUUUUAAGAAAGAAUUUAGCAGAUUUACCGAGAUAAAUGUUAUGUUUGUAAGGAUGUUCUUAAGGGCCAUUCUUGAAAAAUUCAUAAAGGAUUAGUUCACCCAAAAAUGAACAUUUGCUGAAAAUGUACUCCCCUUCAGGCCAUCCACGAUGUAGAUGAGUUUGUUCUUCAUCAGAGCAGAUGUGGAGAAAUUAAGCAUUACUUCACCAACUCACUAAUGGAUCGUCUGCAGUGAAUGGGUGCCGUCAGAAUGAGUGUCCAAACAGCUGA